GGUGGGCGGGAGGAAAGAGAGAGCGAGCGAGAGAGAGCGUGGAGAGGAGAGGGAGAACGAGCGAGCGCGGAGAGAGAGGGGGAGGGGGAAUGAGAGCGCGAGGCGCCUCGCGUCGGCUCCUUAGCCUGGGCGGAAAGAGCCGAGCGCAGCCCGAGCGCUGUAUUAAAAUGGCGGCGGCGGCGGCGGUGGCCGCGGCGUCUUGUAGGUGGUGAAGUGACUCUGCUGCUUCUCUCCCGCCCCCUUCCUCUCCCCUCCCCCGUCCUUCCCCCCCUUCCUCGCCGCCGGCGCCUCCGCGCCCCUCCGGCCUGCGCACCACCCCUCGCCCCCUUCCGCUCCCCCGCCCGCUCCGGGGACCGCCGGCCCCCUCCCCCCCAUCCUCCGGCUCCCCGCCCAGUCCCCGCCGCCGCCCGCCCUCGUCGCCUCCCCGCCCCGCCGGCCGGCCUCCUCCUCCGCCUCUCUCCCCUCCCCCCCGCCGGCCGGGCUCAGUCAGUGCGAACCUUAGCGGGGGAGGGGGGGGCGGCGGCCGAACGAUGUGUGAGAACUGCGCAGACCUGGUGGAGGUGUUAAAUGAAAUAUCAGAUGUAGAAGGUGGUGAUGGACUGCAGCUUAGGAAGGAACAUACUCUCAAAAUUUUUGCUUAUAUCAAUUCCUGGACACAGAGGCAAUGCCUGUGCUGCUUCAAGGAAUAUAAGCAUUUGGAGAUUUUUAACCAAGUAGUGUGUGCACUUAUUAACUUAGUGAUUGCCCAAGUUCAAGUGCUCCGGGACCAGCUUUGUAAACAUUGUACUACUAUUAACAUAGAUUCCACGUGGCAAGAUGAGAGUAAUCAAGCGGAAGAACCACUGAGUAUAGAUAGAGAGUGUAAUGAAGAAAGUACAGAAAGACAAAAGUCAAUAGAAAAGAAACCAAACUCUACAAGAAUUUGUAAUCUGACUGAGGAGGAAUCUUCAAAGAGCUCUGAUCCCUUUAGUUUAUGGAGUACAGAUGAGAAGGAAAAACUCUUACUAUGUGUAGCAAAAAUUUUUCAAAUUCAGUUUCCCUUAUAUACUGCUUACAAACAUAAUACUCAUCCUACUAUAGAGGAUAUAUCAACUCAAGAAAGUAACAUAUUAGGGGCAUUCUGUGAUAUGAAUGAUGUAGAAGUACCAUUGCAUUUGCUUCGGUAUGUCUGUCUGUUCUGUGGGAAAAAUGGCCUUUCUCUCAUGAAGGAUUGCUUUGAAUAUGGAACCCCGGAAACAUUGCCAUUUCUUAUAGCACAUGCAUUUAUUACGGUUGUGUCUAAUAUUAGAAUAUGGCUACAUAUCCCUGCUGUAAUGCAGCACAUUAUACCUUUUAGAACCUAUGUUAUCAGGUAUUUAUGCAAGCUCUCUGAUCAGGAGUUAAGACAGAGUGCAGCUCGUAACAUGGCUGAUUUAAUGUGGAGCACAGUGAAGGAACCGUUGGAUACAACAUUAUGCUUUGAUAAAGAAAGCCUGGAUCUUGCAUUUAAGUACUUUAUGUCACCUACUUUAACAAUGAGGUUGGCUGGAUUGAGUCAGAUAACAAAUCAACUUCACACCUUCAAUGAUGUGUGCAAUAAUGAAUCAUUGGUAUCAGACACAGAAACGUCCAUUGCAAAAGAACUUGCAGACUGGCUUAUUAGCAACAAUGUAGUGGAGCAUAUAUUUGGACCAAAUUUACAUAUUGAGAUUAUCAAACAGUGCCAAGUGAUUUUGAAUUUCUUGGCUGCAGAAGGGCGAUUGAGUACUCAGCAUAUUGACUGCAUUUGGGCUGCAGCACAGUUGAAACAUUGUAGUCGGUACAUUCAUGACUUAUUUCCAUCACUCAUCAAAAAUUUGGAUCCUGUACCACUUAGACAUCUCCUUAAUUUGGUCUCAGCUCUUGAGCCAAGUGUUCAUACUGAACAGACAUUGUACUUGGCUUCUAUGUUAAUUAAAGCAUUGUGGAAUAAUGCACUGGCAGCUAAGGCUCAACUGUCCAAACAGAGUUCUUUUGCAUCUUUAUUGAACACUAAUAUUCCCAUUGGAAAUAAAAAAGAGGAAGAAGAACUCAGAAGAGCAGCACCAUCUCCUUGGUCACCUGCAGCAAGCCCUCAAAGCAGUGAUAAUAGUGAUACACAUCAAAGUGGAGGGAGUGACAUUGAAAUGGAUGAGCAACUUAUUAAUAGAACCAAGCAUGUGCAGCAGCGACUUUCAGACACAGAGGAAUCCAUGCAGGGGAGUUCUGAUGAAACUGCCAACAGUGGUGAAGAUGGAAGCAGUGGUCCUGGUAGCAGCAGUGGACAUAGUGAUGGAUCUAGCAAUGAGGUCAAUUCUAGCCACGCAAGCCAGUCAGCUGGGAGCCCUGGAAGUGAGGUACAGUCAGAAGACAUUGCAGAUAUUGAAGCCCUUAAAGAAGAAGAAGAUGAUGAUGAUCGUGGUCACAGUCCUCCCAAAAGCAGUUGUGGAACAGAUCUUCGAAACAGAAAGUUAGAAAGUCAAGCAGGCAUUUGCUUAGGGGAAUCACAAGGUCUAUCUGAAAGAAAUGUCACAAGCAACGGAACAGGAAAAGACUUAGUUUUUAACACUGAGUCUUUGCCCUCAGUAGAUAAUCGGAUACGAAUGCUUGAUGCCUGUGCUCAUUCUGAAGACACAGAACAUGAUCUUUCAGGGGAAAUGAAUGCUGCUCACAUAGCACAGGGUUCUCAGGAGUCUUGUAUCACACGAACUGGGGAUUUCCUUGGGGAGACUAUUGGGAAUGAAUUAUUUAAUUGUCGCCAGUUUAUUGGCCCACAACAUCACCACCACCACCACCACCACCACCACCACCACCACCACCACCACCAUGAUGGGCAUAUGGUUGAUGACAUGUUAAGUGCAGAUGAUGUUAGUUGCAGUAGUUCACAGGUCAGUGCAAAAUCAGAAAAAAAUAUGGCUGAUUUUGAUGGUGAAGAAUCUGGAUGUGAAGAAGAAUUAGUUCAAAUUAAUUCACAUGCAGAACUAACAUCUCAUCUCCAACAGCAUCUUCCCAAUUUGGCAUCUAUAUACCAUGAACAUCUUAGUCAAGGACCUGCUGUGCAUAAACAUCAAUUUAACAGUAAUGCUGUGACAGACAUUAAUUUGGAUAAUGUUUGCAAGAAAGGAAACACUUUGUUGUGGGAUAUCGUGCAAGAUGAUGAUGCAGUUAAUCUUUCUGAAGGACUUAUAAAUGAAGCAGAGAAACUUCUUUGUUCUUUAGUAUGUUGGUUUACGGAUAGACAAAUUCGAAUGAGAUUCAUUGAAGGUUGCCUUGAAAAUUUAGCAAACAACAGAUCAGUAGUAAUUUCCCUUCGUCUUCUUCCAAAACUGUUUGGUACCUUUCAGCAAUUUGGGAGCAGUUAUGAUACCCAUUGGAUUACAAUGUGGGCCGAGAAAGAACUGAACAUGAUGAAGCUUUUCUUUGAUAACCUGGUAUACUACAUUCAAGCUGUAAGAGAAGGAAGACAAAAACAUGCACUGUACAGUCAUAGUGCUGAAGUUCAAGUUAGACUUCAAUUCCUGACUUGUGUAUUUUCGACCCUGGGAUCACCUGAUCAUUUCAGAUUAAGUUUAGAACAAGUUGACAUUUUAUGGCAUUGUUUAGUGGAAGAUUCUGAGUGUUAUGAUGAUGCACUUCAUUGGUUUUUAAAUCAAGUUCGAAGUAAAGAUCAACAUGCUAUGGGAAUGGAAACCUACAAACAUCUCUUCUUGGAGAAGAUGCCCCAGCUAAAACCUGAAACGAUUAGCAUGACUGGAUUAAACCUGUUUCAACAUUUGUGUAACUUGGCUAGAUUGGCUACCAGUGCCUAUGAUGGUGGUUCAAACUCUGAGCUAUGUGGUAUGGACCAAUUUUGGGGCAUUGCUUUAAGGGCACAAUCUGGUGAUGUCAGUCGAGCAGCCAUUCAGUAUAUUAACUCCUAUUACAUUAAUGGUAAAACAGGUUUGGAGAAGGAGCAAGAAUUUAUUAGUAAGUGCAUGGAAAGUCUUAUGAUAGCUUCUAGCAGUCUUGAACAAGAAUCACACUCAAGUCUUACAGUUAUAGAAAGAGGAUUGCUUAUGUUGAAGACACAUUUGGAAGCAUUUAGAAGAAGGUUUGCAUAUCAUCUGAGGCAGUGGCAAAUAGAAGGCACCGGUAUUAGUAGUCAUUUGAAAGCCCUGAGUGACAAACAGUCUUUGCCGUUAAGGGUUGUAUGCCAGCCAGCUGGGCUUCCAGAUAAGAUGACUAUUGAAAUGUAUCCUAGUGACCAGGUAGCAGAUCUUAGGGCUGAAGUAACUCAUUGGUAUGAAAAUUUACAGAAAGAACAAAUAAAUCAACAAGCUCAACUUCAGGAGUUUGGUCAAAGCAGCAGAAAGGCAGAGUUUCCUGGUGGGCUCAUGGGACCUGUCAGGAUGAUUUCAUCUGGACAUGAGUUAACAACAGAUUAUGAUGAAAAAGCACUUCAUGAGCUUGGUUUUAAGGAUAUGCAGAUGGUGUUUGUAUCUUUGGGUGCACCAAGGAGAGAACGAAAAGGAGAAGGUGUUCAACUGCCUGCAUCUUGCUUGCCACCACCUCAGAAGGACAACAUUCCGAUGCUUUUGCUUUUACAAGAGCCUCAUUUAACUACUCUAUUUGAUUUACUAGAAAUGCUUGCAACAUUCAAACCACCCUCAGGAAAAGUGGCAGUGGAUGAUAGUGAGAGCUUGAGAUGUGAGGAACUUCAUCUUCAUGCAGAAAAUCUAUCUAGGCGUGUCUGGGAGCUGCUGAUGCUUCUUCCUACAUGUCCUAAUAUGCUGAUGGCAUUCCAAAAUAUCUCAGAUGAACAGAGUAAUGAUGGACCUCAUUGGAAGGAACUUCUCAAAAUUAAAAGUGCUCACAAGCUAUUAUAUGCUCUGGAAAUUAUUGAAGCCCUGGGAAAACCUAACAGAAGAAUAAGGAGAGAGUCAACGGGAAGUUAUAGUGAUCUUUAUCCAGAUUCUGAUGAUUCAAGUGAGGAUCAGGUAGAAAAUAGUAAAAAUUCCUGGAGUUGCAAGUUUGUUGCUGCUGGUGGGCUUCAGCAGUUAUUAGAAAUUUUUAAUUCUGGAAUUCUAGAGCCUAAAGAUCAGGAAUCUUGGACUGUGUGGCAGCUAGACUGUCUUGCUUGCUUGCUGAAAUUAAUCUGCCAGUUUGCAGUAGAUCCAUCUGAUUUGGAUUUAGCUUAUCAUGAUGUGUUUGCCUGGUCUGGUAUAGCUGAAAGCCAUAGGAAAAGAACCUGGCCUGGCAAAUCAAGGAAGGCUGCUGGUGAUCAUGCCAAGGGUCUCCAUAUACCACGAUUAACCGAGGUGUUUCUUGUUCUUGUCCAAGGAACCAGUCUGAUUCAGCGACUUAUGUCUGUUGCGUAUACAUAUGAUAAUCUGGCUCCUAGAGUUCUGAAAGCUCAGACUGAUCACAGAUCUAGACAUGAAGUUUCACAUUAUUCAAUGUGGCUCCUGGUCAGUUGGGCUCAUUGCUGUUCUUCAGUGAAAUCUAGCCUUGCUGAUAGUGAUUAUUUACAAGAUUGGCUGAAAAAACUGACUCUCCUUAUUCCUGAGACUGCAGUUCGUCAUGAAUCUUGCAAUGGUCUCUAUAAGUUAUCUCUGUCAGGCUUAGAUGGAGGAGAUUCAAUCCAUCGCUCUUUUCUGCUUUUGGCUGCCUCAACAUUGUUGAAAUUUCUUCCUGAUGCUCAAGCACUCAAACCUAUCAGGAUAGAUGAUUAUGAGGAAGAACCAAUGUUAAAACCUGGAUGCAAAGAAUAUUUUUGGUUGCUGUGCAAAUUAGUUGAUAACAUACAUAUAAAGGAUGCUAGUCAGACAACACUCCUCGACUUAGAUGCUUUGGCAAGACAUUUGGCUGACUGUAUUCGAAGUAGGGAGAUCCUUGAUCAUCAAGAUGGUAAUGUAGAAGAUGAUGGGCUUACUGGACUUCUAAGGCUUGCCACAAGUGUUAUUAAACACAAACCUCCUUUUAAAUUUUCAAGGGAAGGACAGGAAUUUUUAAGAGAUAUCUUCAAUCUCCUAUUUUUAUUGCCCAAUCUCAAAGAUAGACAACAGCCAAAAUGCAAAUCACAUUCUUCAAGAGCUGCUGCCUAUGAUUUGUUAGUAGAAAUGGUGAAGGGUUCUGUGGAGAACUACAGGCUGAUACACAACUGGGUUAUGGCACAACACAUGCAGUCCCAUGCACCUUAUAAGUGGGACUAUUGGCCUCAUGAGGAUGUUCGUGCAGAAUGUAGAUUUGUUGGCCUGACUAACCUGGGAGCUACUUGUUACUUGGCUUCCACUAUCCAACAACUGUAUAUGAUUCCUGAGGCAAGACAGGCUGUCUUUACUGCUAAGUAUUCAGAAGAUAUGAAGCACAAAACUACCCUUCUGGAGCUUCAGAAAAUGUUUACAUAUUUAAUGGAGAGUGAAUGUAAAGCAUAUAAUCCUCGGCCUUUCUGUAAAACAUAUACCAUGGAUAAGCAGCCUCUGAAUACUGGAGAGCAGAAAGAUAUGACAGAAUUUUUUACUGAUCUGAUUACUAAAAUUGAAGAAAUGUCUCCAGAACUGAAAAAUACCGUGAAAAGUUUAUUUGGAGGUGUAAUUACCAACAAUGUUGUGUCUUUAGACUGUGAACAUGUUAGUCAAACUGCUGAAGAGUUUUAUACUGUGAGGUGCCAAGUAGCUGAUAUGAAAAACAUUUAUGAAUCUCUUGAUGAAGUUACUAUUAAAGACACUUUAGAAGGUGAUAAUAUGUAUACUUGUUCUCAUUGUGGGAAGAAAGUACGAGCUGAGAAAAGGGCAUGUUUUAAGAAAUUACCUCGAAUUCUGAGUUUCAAUACAAUGAGGUAUACAUUUAAUAUGGUCACAAUGAUGAAAGAGAAAGUGAAUACACACUUUUCCUUCCCCUUACGUUUGGAUAUGACACCAUAUACAGAAGAUUUUCUUAUGGGAAAGAGUGACAGGAAAGAAGGUUUUAAGGAAGUCAGUGAUCAGUCAAAAGACACAGAGAGCUAUGAGUAUGACUUGAUAGGAGUGACGGUUCACACAGGAACUGCAGAUGGUGGACACUAUUACAGCUUCAUUAGAGAUAUAGUCAAUCCACAUGCAUAUAAAAACAACAAGUGGUAUCUUUUUAAUGAUGCUGAAGUAAAACCUUUUGAUUCUGCACAACUUGCUUCUGAAUGUUUUGGUGGUGAGAUGACAACGAAGACUUAUGAUUCUGUCACAGAUAAAUUCAUGGAUUUCUCCUUUGAAAAGACACAUAGUGCAUAUAUGCUAUUUUACAAACGCAUGGAACCAGAAGAAGAAAAUGGUAGAGAAUAUAAAUUUGAUGUUUCAUCAGAAUUACUGGAGUGGAUUUGGCAUGAUAAUAUGCAGUUUCUUCAAGACAAAAACAUUUUUGAACACACGUAUUUUGGGUUUAUGUGGCAGUUGUGUAGUUGUAUUCCAAGUACAUUACCAGAUCCUAAAGCUGUAUCCCUAAUGACAGCAAAGUUAAGUACUUCCUUUGUCCUAGAGACAUUUAUUCAUUCAAAAGAGAAGCCUACUAUGCUUCAGUGGAUUGAAUUAUUGACCAAACAAUUUAAUAAUAGCCAAGCAGCUUGUGAGUGGUUUUUGGAUCGCAUGGCUGACGAUGACUGGUGGCCAAUGCAAAUCCUAAUUAAGUGUCCUAAUCAGAUUGUGAGACAGAUGUUUCAGCGCUUAUGUAUACAUGUGAUUCAGAGAUUGAGACCUGUGCACGCUCAUUUCUAUCUGCAGCCAGGAAUGGAAGAUGGGUCUGAUGAUAUGGAUGCCUCAGUAGAAGAUAUUGGUGGUCGUUCCUGUGUCACUCGAUUUGUGAGAACUCUGUUAUUAAUUAUGGAACAUGGUGUAAAACCUCAUAGUAAACAUCUUACAGAGUAUUUUGCCUUCCUUUACGAAUUUGCCAAAAUGGGUGAAGAAGAGAGCCAGUUUUUGCUUUCCUUGCAAGCCAUAUCUACAAUGGUACAUUUUUAUAUGGGAACCAAAGGACCUGAAAAUCCUCAAGUUGAAGUAUUGUCAGAAGAAGAAGGAGAAGAAGAAGAAGAAGAAGAAGAUAUCCUCUCUCUGGCAGAAGAAAAAUACAGACCAGCUGCCCUUGAAAAGAUGAUAGCUUUAGUUGCUCUUUUGGUUGAACAGUCUCGCUCAGAAAGGCAUUUGACAUUAUCACAGACUGACAUGGCAUCAUUAACAGGAGGAAAGGGAUUUCCCUUCUUAUUUCAACAUAUUCGUGAUGGCAUCAAUAUAAGACAAACUUGUAAUCUAAUUUUCAGCCUGUGUCGGUAUAAUAAUCGACUUGCUGAACAUAUUGUAUCUAUGCUUUUCACAUCAAUAGCAAAGUUGACUCCUGAGGCAGCCAAUCCUUUCUUUAAAUUGUUAACUAUGCUAAUGGAAUUUGCUGGUGGUCCUCCAGGCAUGCCUCCCUUUGCCUCUUACAUUCUGCAAAGGAUAUGGGAGGUGAUUGAAUACAAUCCUUCUCAGUGUCUGGAUUGGUUAGCAGUACAAACACCCCGAAAUAAACUGGCACACAGCUGGGUCCUACAGAAUAUGGAAAACUGGGUUGAACGGUUUCUUUUGGCUCACAAUUAUCCUAGAGUCAGGACUUCUGCAGCUUAUCUUCUGGUGUCCCUUAUACCAAGCAAUUCAUUCCGCCAGAUGUUCCGGUCAACAAGGUCUUUGCACAUCCCAACCCGUGACCUUCCACUCAGUCCAGACACAACAGUAGUCCUACAUCAGGUCUACAACGUACUCCUUGGUUUGCUCUCAAGAGCCAAACUUUAUGUUGAUGCUGCUGUUCAUGGCACUACAAAGUUAGUGCCCUAUUUUAGCUUUAUGACUUACUGUUUAAUUUCCAAAACUGAGAAGCUGAUGUUUUCCACAUAUUUCAUGGAUUUGUGGAACCUUUUCCAGCCUAAACUUUCUGAGCCAGCAAUAGCUACAAAUCACAAUAAACAGGCUUUGCUUUCAUUUUGGUACAAUGUGUGUGCUGACUGUCCAGAGAAUAUCCGCCUUAUUGUUCAAAACCCAGUGGUAACCAAGAACAUUGCCUUCAAUUACAUCCUUGCUGACCAUGAUGAUCAGGAUGUGGUGCUUUUUAACCGUGGGAUGCUGCCUGCUUACUACGGCAUUCUGAGGCUCUGCUGUGAGCAAUCUCCUGCAUUCACACGACAGCUGGCUUCUCACCAGAACAUCCAGUGGGCCUUUAAGAAUCUUACACCACAUGCCAGCCAAUAUCCUGGAGCAGUGGAAGAAUUAUUUAAUUUGAUGCAGCUAUUUAUAGCUCAGAGGCCUGACCUGAGAGAAGAAGAACUAGAAGAUAUUAAACAGUUUAAGAAAACAACCAUAAGUUGUUACUUACGUUGCUUAGAUGGCCGUUCCUGCUGGACUACUUUAAUAAGUGCCUUCAGAAUACUAUUAGAAUCGGAUGAAGACAGGCUUCUUGUUAUAUUUAAUCGAGGGUUGAUCUUGAUGACUGAGUCUUUCAACACAUUGCACAUGAUGUAUCAUGAAGCUACAGCUUGCCAUGUGACUGGAGACUUAGUAGAACUUCUCUCAAUAUUCCUUUCGGUUUUGAAGUCUACACGUCCAUAUCUCCAGAGAAAAGAUGUGAAACAAGCAUUAAUCCAGUGGCAAGAACGAAUUGAAUUUGCCCAUAAACUGUUAACUCUUCUUAAUUCCUAUAGCCCCCCAGAGCUAAGAAAUGCCUGUAUAGAUGUCCUCAAGGAACUUGUGCUUUUGAGUCCCCAUGACUUCCUUCAUACUCUGGUUCCAUUUCUACAACACAACCAUUGUACUUACCAUCACAGUAAUAUACCAAUGUCUCUUGGACCUUAUUUCCCUUGUCGAGAAAAUAUCAAGCUAAUAGGAGGGAAAAGCAAUAUUCGGCCUCCGCGCCCUGAACUCAAUAUGUGCCUCUUGCCCACAAUGGUGGAAACCAGUAAGGGCAAAGAUGACGUUUAUGAUCGUAUGCUGCUAGACUACUUCUUUUCUUAUCAUCAGUUCAUCCAUCUAUUAUGCCGAGUUGCAAUCAACUGUGAAAAAUUUACUGAAACAUUAGUUAAGCUGAGUGUCCUAGUUGCCUAUGAAGGCUUGCCACUUCAUCUUGCACUGUUUCCCAAACUUUGGACUGAGCUAUGCCAGACUCAGUCUGCCAUGUCAAAAAACUGCAUCAAGCUUUUGUGUGAAGAUCCUGUUUUCGCUGAAUAUAUAAAAUGUAUCCUAAUGGAUGAAAGAACCUUUCUAAACAACAAUAUAGUCUACACAUUCAUGACACAUUUCCUUCUAAAGGUUCAAAGUCAAGUGUUUUCUGAAGCAAACUGUGCCAAUUUGAUUAGUACCCUUAUUACAAACUUGAUAAAUCAGUAUCAAAACCUACAAUCUGAUUUCACCAACCGAGUUGAAAUUUCCAAAGCAAGUGCUUCUUUAAAUGGGGACCUGCGGGCACUUGCUUUACUCUUGUCAGUACACACUCCCAAACAAUUAAACCCAGCUCUAAUCCCAACUCUGCAAGAACUUUUAAACAAAUGUAGGACGUGUCUACAACAGAGAAACUCACUCCAAGAGCAAGAAGCCAAAGAAAGAAAAACUAAAGAUGACGAAGGGGCAACUCCUGUUAAAAGAAGGCGCGUUAGCAGUGACGAGGAACACACUGUAGACAGCUGCAUCAGCGACAUGAAAACAGAAACCAGGGAGGUCCUGACCCCAACCAGCACUUCAGACAAUGAGACAAGAGACUCUUCAAUUAUUGAUCCAGGCACUGAGCAAGAUCUUCCUUCCCCUGAAAAUAGUUCUGUUAAAGAAUACCGAAUGGAAGUUCCAUCUUCAUUUUCAGAAGACAUAGCAAACAUCAGGUCACAGCAUACAGAAGAACAGUCCAACAAUGGUAGAUUUGAAGACUGUAAAGAAUUUAAAGACCUCCACUGUUCUAAGGAUUCUACCAUAGCUGAAGAAGAACCUGAGUUCCCGUCUACUUCCAUCUCUGCUGUUCUGUCUGACUUAGCUGAUUUGAGAAGCUGUGAUGGUCAAGCUUUGUCCUCUGCUGACCCUGAAGCUGCUUUGUCUCUCAGUUGUGGCCAUUCCAGAGGACUCUUUAGUCACAUGCAGCAACAUGACAUUUUAGAUACCCUGUGUAGGACCAUUGAAUCUACAAUCCACAUGGUCACAAGGAUAUCUGGCAAAGGAAACCACGCUGCUUCUUGACAUUAGAUGUAGCAUGUCUACUUUUAAGUCCCUCCUCCUGAUGCUGUUUGUAUAAGUUUUGCUUAUUUGUUUUUGUGCUUCAGUUUGUCCAGUGCUCUCUGCUUGAAUGGCAAGAUAGAUUUAUAGGCUUAAUUCUUGGUCAGGCAGAAUUUCAGAUUGAAAAAAAAAACAAACAAAAAACUUGCAUCUUCAGUAACUUUCUAAAGGGCAAUCAGAUAAUGGAUAUGUUUUAUGUAAUUAAGAGUUCACUGUAGUGGCUUUUGUUUAAUAUGGCUGUCUGGGAGAAACGGGGUUCCUUCACCCUGUAAAAUGUAAUUUAAACUUACAGCAUUUUUACUGUGUAUAAUAUGGUGUCCUCUGUGCCAGUUUUGUACCUUAUAAUAGAGGCAGAUUGCCUCCAAUCGCUGUGGUUCUUAUUAUCAAAAUUAAGUUUACUUGUAUACGGAACAACCACAAGAAAUUUGAUUCUGUAAAGAAUCCUCUUUAGCUGUGGCCUGGCAGUAUAUAAAUGGUGCUUUAUUUAACAGAAUACCUGUGGAGGAAAUAAAGCACACUUGAUGUAAAAAUAAUUGUUUUAUUUUUAUUGACAUGACUGACUGCUAUUCUGUGCACUUAAUUAAAUUGAUUGUGAUGACUUUU